ACUCGUCUGCGCCUGCGUAAAGGGAGAGCGCGCCGGAGGACCGGAGCCCGGGAAAGCCGGGUCGGGAGAGGGGGAGGGGCCGGGCUCAGAAGCUUCACGUGGCUUCGGAGUUAGCGGGUCCUCUGCAGCACCAUGCCAGGGGGCAGCGACCCCGAGGGCGCGGCGGCGGGAGCAGCGCCCUCGGGGCAAGACGUACCAUUUAGCUUCAGCCCGGAGCCCACGCUGGAGGACAUCCGCCGGCUCCAGACAGAGUUUGCCGCAGAGCGAGACUGGGACCAGUUCCAUAAACCUCGGAACCUCCUCCUGGCCCUGGUUGGGGAGGUGGGGGAGCUGGCAGAGCUCUUUCAGUGGAAGCCCGAUGGCGGGCCUGGACCCCUGUCCUGGUCUGAAGCGGAACGAGGGGCUUUAGGAGAAGAGCUCAGUGAUGUCCUUAUCUACCUGGUAGCCCUGGCGUCACGAUGCCAUAUUGACCUGCCACAGGCUGUGCUGGCCAAGAUAGAGACCAAUCGGCGCCACUACCCGGUCCACCUUGCUCGUGGCUCUUCCUGCAAGUACACAGAGUUGCCCCACGAAGACAUCCCGAAGGCUGAGAGCCUUGGUCCUGCCCCAGGAGCUGCAGAAUGUGCACCUGACCCUAAGGGAGCAGAGGGGACUAACUAAAGAACAGGACCUGUGGAACAGGGAUGGGAAUGUGGGCCCAGAUGGGAGCUGGAAUUCAUGGGACUGACUCCAGCGAGGCUGGCGAGAGACAGCCUGGGACAAGAACACACUGGGAAAACCGGGACACGAAAGCCUUCUCAAAUCCUUCUUUAGCUGUGUUACUAGAUCCUAGAAAUGCAAGGUUCCUCCACCCUCCUAAAUCCUACUAGAGGAGGUAGGGGUGGGAUACAUGCAUGGAGGAGGUCCUUCUCAGGUUGUCAUUUUUUCCUUUAAUAAAACGGUUUGGGAUGAA